AUGGUGGUUCAGCCGGAAAAUCCGGAGCAGAACCCUUUAUCCUGGCCUAAGCGCCCCCCUGAGGGUGCAGGUGAUGGUUUUGUCACCUCUAUAAAAGGCCUUUUCAAUUCUCAGCGCAGAAAGGCCAGGGCUUUCGUGCUUCGGACAAUGAGGGGUGAAGCAGAAAAUGAGAUACCUGGUGACUGGAGUGAAAGUGAGGCAGAGUUCUCUCCCUUUGCCAGACAACUAACCAUAACAAAAGCCAAGAAGCUGAUUAGACGGCAUACAAAGAAGUUUCGUUCUAGAGGACCAAAAGGUUUAUCUUCUCAACAAAGAGAAUCACUUCCUUCAUCACCAAGAGAGACCACCCCAUUUGAAAGUGAUUCAUCAAGUGAAUCUUCGCCUUAUGAGGAUUUCCACGAGUAGCUGAACUUGAAGACAUUGAAAGCACGUAUUUUAUGGGAUCCAAAGUGGAUUCGAACAAUCCUCGGUUAUAUGCAACAUUCUGCUAUUAUAGCAAUUCCAAUUGAUUAGGAUUUGCUGAGAUCCUUGUCUCCUGCUUAGACAGUAUGAGAUGCCUACAUGUUCCAAAAUAAGAACAGGCAAGAAUUGCGAGAAUAUGCAGAAGUCUACAAUUAUUAACAUUUCAAUGCCUUCUUAGAGCUCUGGAUUCAUCCUGGAAAUAGAGCAAAGGUGAGUCCCUUUAGUUAUAGUCAUUCUUUUCUUCUUUAACCUUGUAUGUAUUUAUAGAUUAUUAUAGCACCCAACACAAAUGACAUUAGGACUCGUAAGAGGCCAUAAUUUUUGUAAUCAAUAGUUGCUACUACAUGUACAGUAGACACAGAAUAGAGUUAGAAUAUGUGUUCCCUGAAAAAGUUUUCUGCACUGUAAUAGUGGAAAUAGAAUGGAAAUGAAAUUCCAACUCUUCAGUCUCA